AUACAUACAUAUACAUGUCAAAUUAAGAGUCCUAAAACAAUUCUUUAGUAUACUAUCAAAUUUAUACUCAAGAUAGCAGAGACUGACCCAAAACAAUAUGUUUGUGAAAACUAUAAAGCUGCCACUGAAUUCUUUGAUCAAUUGCCUUCUCAAAUUACAAGUAAUUUAGUAAAUUUAGGAUCCAAGAUCUUAAAAAGACUUAUAUUCUAGAUUAAGCAACAGUAAACAAGAGAUUUGUAUUCCUAUGUUUGACAACUUUGGCUGCAGCAGGUAUUACAUCAAGAUGUAAGAAAUUUAAUUAUUAUGCAGUCAAUCCAUCAUUUAUUAAGAUUACUAGAAAUGCCUUUAUCAGUUAUUUAGGUGCAGGUCUUUUCAUUUUACCAGAAGUGUUCAACCCGUACUUAAUUUAUAGAAAAUGAAUCAUAUAAGUACAAAAAUAAAAUUAAUCAAC